CAGGACGCCGCGGUGCCAUGGCUGCGGGACCCGAACUUUAAACACUUCUCACCGGACCGGGGCGGAUGCGCAAACCCAGCAAGGCCGGCUCCACCAUGGACUGCAGCUGCGUCUCCGACCUUCUCUUCGCCCCGCCUGCCCUGCCGGCUCUCUGGACCCCCGGGUUUGCCUUCCCGGAUUGGGCCUACAAGCCCGAGUCGUCCCCUGGCUCGAGGCAGAUCCAGCUGUGGCACUUCAUCCUGGAGCUGCUGCAGAAGGAGGAGUACCAGGGUGUCAUCGCCUGGCAGGGGGACUACGGGGAAUUCGUCAUCAAGGACCCCGACGAGGUGGCCCGCCUCUGGGGCAUCCGCAAGUGCAAGCCCCACAUGAACUACGACAAGCUGAGCCGGGCCCUGCGCUACUACUACAACAAGCGGAUCCUCCACAAGACCAAAGGGAAGAGGUUCACCUACAAGUUCAACUUUAGCAAAGUCGUGCUUGUCAACUACCCACUGUUGGACGUGGCGGCAGCCACCACGGGCUCCCCUCUCUUGCUGACCCCUGGCCCCUUUGCGGGGGCCCCCGGGCCAGAUGCUCCUCCCCUCACCCCUGAGACCCUGCAGACCCUGUUCUCUGCCCCACGCCUGGGAGAGCCAGGGGCCCGGGCCCCCCUGUUCACCCCUGAGAUGGACAAACUGCGUCUGGACAGCCCUUUCCCAUUCCUGGGCUCAGGUGCCACCGGCUAUUCUAAGCCCCCUGGCCUGCUGGGUCCUUACAGCCGAGCCUUCCCAGAAUACCCCUGGAACUUUAAUCCGUACCUCGCUGGCCCCUUCCCCAAGCUGCCGCCCUCUCUCUACCCGCCGCACUUCUACCCCAACCCUCUGGCCAGCUCCCUGGGCCACCUGCCCUCCACGGGCGCAGGGGGAGGGCCCACAGCCACGCCCCUGCUGGCUGCCACCGGGGACAGCCUGGGCCCUGAGCGCCCCUCGGGCCUGGCAGCGGCCCCCCGCCUGGCACUGCCGGGGGCCGGGGGCCCAGAGGCUGCGCUGGGAGGGAAGGAGGACAGCGACUCGGAGCUGGAGAUCACAGACGUCAGCGGCUGCAGCUCUGACAGCGAGGGUGAAGACGGCCUCCCUGUGCCCCCCAAGGCCAAGGCCGGCAAAGGGGGGCUCGGCAGCUGAGCCAGUGUGGGGUGACGGAUCCGGCAGGGGUGGGGACUAGGGCCACUGCCUGUGCAGCCACUUCUGCUGUCUCGUCUGCCCUCAAUGUCCCACCAGAGGCCAGGGACCAGCCCGUGGCCCCGUCCAGGGCUGGACACAUGGCUGCCCCGGUCUUCUUCCCCAGCCCCAGACUGGGGGUCUCACCUCCCCUCAGAGAGGGUAGGGAACAUGAUGGCCUCC